GUUGAUUUUCUGUAUUGGUGAGGAGAAGGCGUUAAACUAUGGUUUUUUUAUGAAGUUCGUUUUGGUUUCUGGUUUAGCUGUUCUUUAAUCCGAUUAUUUGGUUUGUUUUGGGGCGAUUGAUGGUCGUCUGUUAGAUGUUCGGCGUAUGGAAAUCCUUUUGGCAUUGAUUUUUUGUUGUGCCUCCUUUUUUUUUUUUUUUUCUUUCCUUGCCCUCGUCCUUUGCGCCUCGGUUCUCACCGGUUGCACUUUUCCACCCUUCCCGCCCCUGUCGGGCUUUUGUGGCCUUUCCUCUCUUUUUUUUGAACUCUAUUUUUAUUAUUCAUCGUUUAUUUUUAAAGAACUCGAAAUGGAGGAAGGGACUACCGGUACAAAGUUUCCCAAUUCUUAAAGUUUUUUACUUUUUUUUUUAAUUUUUGAAAAUUUUCUUUUGUUUAACUUCCAGUCUGAGAUAUUUUUGGUAGUGUACGAUGGCACAUCUGCAGCCCUGGAGGCUUUUGAAGGAAGCUUUUGAAAUAAAGGACUGCACAACGUUAUCAAUGAGUUAAUCUGUUUGUUAUGGGGUUAAUUUGAAACCUUUGGGAAGUUGUCCCAGCAAAGCUUGUGGAUGAAUAAUUACCAUUUCUUUUGAUUCUUUAUACUAAAGCUAUGAGUUAUCAGCAAGAGAAGUUUGUGAGGUUUCAGGACUGGAGUAUGGAGAAAAGCACCGAGGGUCAGUAUUCCACGAAAGAAGUAUAUCCAGGAAAAUUCAGAACUGCUAUAAAUUCAGUUUCAGAAAGGAUUCGAAGAAGCUUUUGGCAUGGUUCCGAAAGGCUAAAAAAUGUUAGAAAAUCAUUGAAGUUCUGUUCUCUAAGCAGCAUUCUAGCAUAUGCCUCAGGUUCUAGGAAGAAAAUUCUUGACCCACAAGGACCAUUCCUUCAAAGGUGGAAUAAGAUAUUUGUAUUGGCAUGUGCAAUUGCAGUCUCUUUAGACCCUUUAUUUUUUUACAUUCCAGUGAUUGAUAAUCAAAAUAAGUGCCUUGGGUUGGAUCGGAAGUUGGAGAUCACAGCUAGUGUGUUGCGUUCUUUCACUGAUAUCUUUUAUAUUCUUCAUAUUAUCUUUCAAUUUCGUACUGGUUUUAUUGCUCCCUCUUCACGAGUAUUUGGUAGAGGUGUUUUGGUUGAAGAUGCUUGGGCGAUAGCAAAGAGAUACUUGUCCACCUACUUCCUUAUUGACAUUCUUGCGGUUCUUCCACUUCCACAGGUGGUAAUUCUAAUUAUUAAAAACCGCAACAUGAAGUUCGGAAUCAUUGACUACCAAAAGAACGUUGAAAUAUUUGUUGUUUUCUCCUCUUUCCCAAACGUGUCCCAGGUCCUUCGAGUUUAUCCUCUGUUAACGAUGGUGACAAGAACAUCUGGCAUACUUACUGAAACAGCAUGGGCUGGAGCUGCAUUCAAUCUAUUUCUUUACAUGCUUGCAAGUCAUGUCCUUGGAGCCUUUUGGUACUUGUUUUCAAUCGAAAGAGAAACUACUUGCUGGAAAGAUGCAUGUGGAAAUCAUCCUGGAUGUGAUCGUCAUACUUUGUAUUGUGGUGACAGAAUCGUGAACAAUACAUUCCUAAAUGUUUCGUGCCCCAUUGAAAAUGAGGAUCCAAAUGUCUUUGAUUUUGGAAUAUUUCUUGAUGCCCUUCAGUCUGGUGUUGUGGAAUCAAAAGAUUUUCCACAGAAGUUCUUUUUCUGUUUUUGGUGGGGCCUGCAGAAUUUGAGUUCGCUUGGUCAAAACCUGAAAACGAGUACCUUUGUCUGGGAAAUUUGCUUUGCAGUUUUCAUUUCCAUUGCUGGUUUAGUAUUAUUUUCAUUUCUUAUCGGGAACAUGCAGACAUAUCUGCAGUCCACAACAACACGGUUAGAGGAGAUGAGACUGAAAAGGCAAGACGCGGAACAGUGGAUGUCCCAUCGUUUGCUCCCUGAGAAUCUGAGGGAGCGAAUUAGGCGGUAUGAACAAUACAGAUGGCAAGAGACCCGAGGUGUUGAUGAAGAAAACCUAAUUCAUAACCUUCCCAAGGAUCUCAGAAGGGACAUAAAGCGUCAUCUCUGUCUGGCUUUGCUCAUGAGAGUUCCCAUCUUUGAAAAAAUGGAUGAUCAACUGUUGGAUGCAAUGUGUGACGGUCUCAAGCCGGUGCUAUAUACAGAAGACAGCUUCAUUGCUCGGGAGGGUGACCCAGUUGAUGAGAUGCUAUUUGUGAUGCGAGGCAAGCUAUUGACAGUGACCACAAAUGGUGGAAGAACUGGGUUCUUCAACUCUGAUUAUCUCAAAGCGGGAGACUUCUGUGGAGAAGAACUUCUCACAUGGGCGCUUGAUCCCCACUCCUCAUCCAACCUUCCAAUCUCAACGAGAACUGUCCAAGCCCUAACAGAAGUUGAAGCUUUCGCUCUAAAGGCCGAUGACCUCAAGUUUGUGGCCUCCCAGUUCCGACGCCUCCACAGCAAGCAGCUCCGCCACACUUUCAGGUUCUACUCGCAGCAAUGGAGGACGUGGGCGGCUUGUUUCAUACAGGCUGCCUGGCGCCGGUAUACUAGGAAGAAGUUGGAGGAGUCACUUCGGGAAGAGGAGGAUAGGUUGCACAAUGCAUUGGCCAAGGGGGCUGGAAGCUCCCCAAGUUUGGGAGCCACCAUUUAUGCAUCCCGAUUCGCUGCCAAUGCACUUCGUGCUUUGCGGCGUACUGGUGCUAAGAAGGCAAGAUUGCCAGAGAGAUUACCACCAAUGUUGCUUCAGAAACCAGCAGAACCUGAUUUUACUGCGGAGGAAAAAUAGGCAUCCCAGUUUUACAUGUUUGUAAAAUGUGAAUUUUUAAGGACUCAAAAUGCAGCAGUUGCUUGCGUGUAUGAGAUUUUGUGUACAGCAUGUUCUAUAUGUGAAAUCCAUAUUUUUUUCCUUC